GACCAGCUACUCUGGUAGACUGCCUUUCACCUGCAUAAUGUAAUCUUCAGAAUACUCAUUUUUCAUCUGCUUUGUUUUUAAUUAGGGAUGGUGAGGCUGAGUCCUUUUGAAUUUUGGCUCUCAUGGAGGGCAUGAUACUGUUAAUACCAUGGCGCUUCAAAGUAGGGACAUCUGGAGAACUGACCAUCAACAGAGAAUUCCUCUUAAGCUGAACUCUCUGUAGGAUAUCGUCCAUGACUUUGAGUAAUAACACAGGCACAAAAUGACAACCUUGUUAAUGACCAGCGAAGCACUUCAGGAUAUGCUAACCGCAGAAGAAGAUAAUUUAAUGUUAUGCAAAUCCAAGUCUGCCCACAUUAGUGAGGAAACGGAAUAUGUGCGAAAGCUUCGAACUAUGCUAGAGGAUAUCCGACACCAGAUAUUUAAAGAUGAGCUAGAUCAUAAAAUCCCCCAACACACAUCAUGUUCGAAGAGCUGCUGUUGCAAUACAGAGUAUGAGUCCGAGGGUAAGGCAAAGAUCUCUCCAUGUGGUUUUAAUUUGAUUAUGGAGAAAAUGAAAGAUAAAGACCUCCAGCUCCAAGAAAUGAACAAAGAAAAUGAAUUCCUAAAAAUCAAGUUGGAAGCCUCAAGAGAAGCAGGUGCUGCAGCCCUGAGAAGUGUUGCCAAGAAAUUAUUUGGGGACUAUGAGAAACAGCGUGAAGAACUUAGGAAAAAGCAUGAGGACGAAAAAAAGUUACUACAGGUGAACAACUUUGAAAAGGAAAAGAUAUACAAACAGCAUGUAGAGUGUUUGAAGCAAGUAACUGAAAGACUUGGAGGAAAGCACUGCCAGAUCGCGAAACUGGAAAACCUGGUCCAGAAAAUGGAAGAGGAAAAGAAAUUAUUGCUGGAAAAAAAAGCAUGUUUGCAAUUCAAGUUGGAUCAGCUCUUACUGAACUCUAAAGAUGCUAAGAGUUGUAAGGAUCUUCAGACAGAGAUUUCUACUCUCCAGAGGCAGAUUUCUUGUUUGCAGUUUGUGAUUUAUUCCCAACAUCAGAACCUACGUAGUGUUAUCCAGGAGAUGGAAGGAUUAAAAAAUGACUUACAAGAACAAGAUAAAAUGAUUGAGACUCUGAAAGAAAAGGUGAAUGUUCUCGAAGCUCAGAAUAAAGACCUAAAAAACAAGAUUAAACUUUGGUCAGAAUGUUCCAAGACGAAGGUCUCUAAGGGAGUCUGCACAAGUGAACUCAUGGCGGAAGACACCUCUCCCUAUCUGAUGCUAAUGAGACUCCGGAAAUAAGCCUUCCACGUGGAUGGGAUUGUAGGCGCUGCAGACCCUGAACGGCUCCUUCUUGCACUGGCCUCUGUCUCUGCACCAGCUCUCCUGUUUCCUAUUUUUAAAAACAGUGUUAAUUUGCUGCUGUCUCUGAUCUUCCAAAGGUUACCCAGAGACGGCUUCUCUAAGGACGUUUCCCCCAGCUCAACAGGAAGAGGAUACGUAGAUCAGUCAGACGAGCAUUGGGGGAUAAGAGAGCUCCUUCCUCAGAGCUGGGACUUUGCCACACGGAAUUAAUGGGGAAAUUUGGAGAACAUCCCAUUCAUUCUCCUUCAGACUUGCUUGGUGUUCUGGAUGUAAAAUAGAAUCUGGUGUAUUAUAAUUGCAAA